GACAUUGGUGUAUUCAUCAUGCGUCUGUUCGCUCUCUCGUGUGUGCUGUUUGGCGUGCUGACCUAUUUCUUCCUCUCACUGGAGUUCCCACAUGAAGAGGGCUGCGGCCCAUUUGACACACGUAAGCGAUCACGGCUCUGACAGCCAAACACCCACGCCAUUCGUCAGACGCACCAUCUCGCUUCUCUCGCUUCUCGCUUCUCUCUCUCUCUCUCUCUCUCUGUGUGUGUGUGUGUGUGUGUGUGCAUUCGUCAGGCACUCGCGCGAUCGCAGUCAUGGAGAACGCCUUCAAGACAGGGUGGGCCCCGUGCCUCCGUCUCCCUCGUGCCUGCGCCACUGUGUGUGCAUCGCUUCUCCUCCUUUGUUUUUCAGUUUUCCGCUGUUGUGGACGAUCCUGACGAGUGUGAUUCUGUACACUGCUCUCGCGGCAGUGCUGAUUCUGCUGCUGGUGUUUCAGCUCAACAAGAUCAACGCAUACCGCACUUACCUCCUGGACCAGCACCUCUUCAGCAGCAGACAAAUCGAGGUACGUACGGCUGGAGGAGUGCAUGGCAGUCCAACCAUUACGUGUCUGUCUGUUCUUUCCUCUGCAGGUGCUGCAAAAGGAAGUGACCAAGCUGUCCAAGCAGCUCUCCGUUCUCAAGAAACGGUGAGAGAGCUAUCGACCACUGCUGCUGGUGUCAUGUCUCUCUGUGAGUGUAUUGCUUGUCAGGUUUGCCCGUGCGAGAGAGGAGAUGCAAUCUGAGGGCUCAGAGGGCGAAACAAGCUUCGCGCCCACACCUUCGGUGCACAGUCGAGCAUCGUCCGUGGCCGUCCCACGGAAGUCGGUGCGCAUUGAUGCGGACAGAGCAGCGCAAAGCGACAACAGGGCGGAGCCAUAA